AUGGCUGUCAAGUCGAACAACAAGCGGAAAGCACAACCAACACAGGGUGCAUCUAAAAAGCGCAAGAUCUCCAAGGACACCGAGUCGAAGAAACCGUCCAGCAACAAUCGAGAUAUUAUUCCAAUUCCCGCUUAUGAUGAGGACAUUGAGCUCUCAGACGAAGAUCUGGACGCAUUUGAGGAUUAUGGCGACGCGGUAGGGUUUUUGAGUAGGUUGGACGAGAAGGGUAUUGCCAGGAGUAAAAAGGAGACCGAACGUCUGCACCGCCUCCAUAAACCCGUUCACGAAGAUGACUGGGGUUCCAGUGUCGGUGAUGAUACAGAAGAUGAGGAAGAAGACUUGGCCGAUGCUGCUUCUGCCGUAUGUGUUAGAGGACCACGCAAAAAGCCAAAGGCGGGCUCAGACGAAGAAGAGAUGUCAUACGAGACCAUCCCUCGAAAGCGUAGACCGUCCUGGGACCCUGAAGAGAAGACGGAGAAAGGAGUUGAGAGGCUGCCUAUCAAGCUCUCUGACGGACGAAUACAGAAGAGCAAAGACAAGGUUAUCCUUGAUGCGGAGGAGACUGAAGAGAACGAAGACUAUCCCGAGGAGGACGAACCCAUCCCUGAAUACAAAGUAGAGGACGUAUCCACUGGCGCUCGGUUCGGACGUCCAGCAGUAGUCGAUGUCAUCGGCAACAAGUCUCGCAAAGCCCGUAUACAAGGAGCAAAGGAGCAAUUAGCUGGCAUAUGCCAGGAAAUAGUUGCAGAGCCAGAAAACAGUAUCGGCCUUCUGAGACGACUGCAUACGUUCUCCCUGCCUGAAAUUUCCACGCCUUCCCAUCCUGAACCCAUUCCGAACGAUCCCGUCAUCCGCAAGCUGACAGUAUUGUCUCAGUUGGCGGUAUUCAAGGACAUCAUACCGGGUUAUCGUAUACGUGCGCUCACUGACAUAGAGAAGUCGGAGAAGGUCAGCCAGAUGGUCCAGCGUACACGAGACUGGGAACAAGGGUUGGUCACAGUGUAUCAGAACUACCUUCGCGUGCUCGAGGCCGAGAUCAAAGCGAAGAAUGAUCUCGCUGAGACCGCUCUUCAGUGUAUGUGCUCCUUGCUCGUUGAACUCACGCACUUCAACUUCCGUGUGAACUUGAUGAACUGCGUGGUUGCAUACUUGAGCAAAAAGUCCUGGGACCCGGUGUGUCAUUGUCGCACUAUGUCAGAUCUGUGUCUCAACUCCCUCAUCAAGGUGUUUCGCGGGGACAACACAGGCGAUGCCUCGCUGGAGAUUGUACGCCUGCUGAACCGCAUGAUCAAGGAACGCAAGUUUAACGUCCAUCCGGAUGUCCUAUCAUGUCUGCUCUAUCUGCGAUUGAAAACCGAACUUGGUGUCCGGGCGUCAGAAACCAGGGCGGACAAAGAUCAGCCCGAGAAGGUGACGAAGAAGGCCAAGAACAAAAAGGCAGAGCGGCCACAUCUGAGUAAGAAGGCGAAGAAGGUCUUCAAAGAGAAGAAGGAGAUCGCAAAGGAAAUGCGUGAGGCAGAAGCGGAGGUUGACAAAGAAGAGCGCGCGGCGAAGCAAACCGAGACGCUGAAGUUGCUCUUUGUUCUCUAUUUCAGGAUUCUCAAGAAUCCCACGCCGACACCGCUGCUUCCCGCGGCCCUCCAGGGAAUAUCCAAAUUCUCGCAUUUGGUCAACAUCGAUUUCUUCCGUGACCUGUUGCAAGUCCUCAAAGGGAUCAUACGGGGACACGGGCGGACGGAUCAUGAUACGCCAGACAGCAGGAGCGCGCAGUACGAAUUGCUGUGCAUCGUCACCGCUUUCGAGCUUCUGUCCGGACAAGGUGAAGCACUCGACAUCGACCUGGGCGACUUUGUCCACCGCCUGUACGCCAUCCUGCCCGCGCUCAGCAUGGCGCAUGACGUCGAGACCGUGCCCGCGCCAUCUACCACCGCUGACAUGCUGUUCCGCGCGCUGCACUUGGUGUUCACCCCGCGGGUAUCCCUGUCCGUGGCACCGCCGUGGCGCGCCGCUGCCCUCACGGCGAUUGAACUCGUCGGCGUGCUCGUCGAGCGAGAUCCGAAGCUCGAGGCGCUGCUGUCCACCGAGGAUCGGGGCGGCAACGGGCUGUACCGCCCAGAUCUCGACGAUCCACAACUGAGCAAUCCGUUCGGCACGACGUUCUGGGAACUGCAUGUCCUGGCCCACAGACACCUGGACGCCCGCGUUCGCACGCAGGCGCGCAAAGUAUUGCAUUCGACAUCCUAGGCUACUCGUACGUACAAGUACUGGCAGAGUCGGGACCCAUAACACGACGGAGGAGAGAGGGAUUAACGGCUACAUUUAUUUUGGGUCGAAUAGGUUGAUUGAUACAUCUACAUAAUCUCAGGUACGUAACGAUACAGCGUGGAACGGGGCAGGAGGCAGGGGAGGGGGUACGCACAGGUUAAGAACGGUCCGCUGAAACGUCCGAGGAGAAAUAAUCGAAUACGAAGGUAGGGAGGACAGGCGUUCGCACGGUACGUCCAACGCGCGGCGGAGGGGACACAAG